AUUAUUAAUUUACUAUUCAGAGUUUGAAGUAAACGGUUCUGUCUGCGGAAAAGUGUAAAAAGCACAGUUCAGGGCCUGCCGCGCGUGAAGAAACAGAGGAACACUAGCUAAUCAGUUUUUAAUAAUGCUACAAUCUUAACCAUUUUCAAAAGGAAUUGCUAAAAACCGGAGCAAUUUUCAAGUGCGCAACUAGUUGAAUUCCUUUACAAGGGCACUUUGCUUCCGAAGAGUCGUCCUCUAGAUGAAUUUUGUUUUUGCCAGGACACCGACGUUUAUGAUUCUGAGUGUGUGUGCGGGUGUGCCCCGUCUCUCUCGCACUGUGUGUGUGCGUGAAGCGAACGCGAUUUAAAAAUAAAACGGCAAAUACAUAACAAAAAAAACGAACAAAUAUUGAAGAGCAACAGCGGCAGGCGUACUAAUACAAACAACCCGAUACCAGCCAGCCGUGUGUGAUUACACAGUGUUGUGUGCUGGUGUUUGUGUGACCAAGUUUCCUUCUAACCACACUAAAAUCCAAACCAAAUAAGAAAAACUCAUCUCGUUCGCAUGUAUGCGAAUGCAUUUUAUGGACAACUCCGACUCAAUUGCCUGUCGAAGCCAGCCGGACCUUGAUCGGGCCAAGAGCCUCGUCAAAAAGUUCCACAAGAGAAACUGAAUCCGAGCCAGUAACCAAAUCCUAAACGUUGCACUGAUCACCAUAUCCAUUCAGCUAUCACAGCUAAGCAUACAAAUCACAAAACCAUCAUCAUAUCCAUUGGGUAGAGCAAGAGCAUGAGCCUGUGGAAGCGCGUAUCCAGUCAUUCCGACUGCGAGCAGCGAAUGGCGGCCUUCUACGAAGAGAAGGGUCUGCUCGACCUGCGCCUCUGCUUGGCGCCCUGGAUCGAAGACAGGAUAAUGUCGGAGCAAAUUACACCAAACUCUCCCGAGCAACUGGAGCGCGUAGCCCUAAAGUUCAACGAGGAUCUGCAGCAGAAGCUUCUGUCUACGCGCACCGCCACUGACCAAGCGCUCAAGUUCCGAGUGGUGGAGCUCUGCGCCCUCAUCCAACGAACAUCCGCCGUCGAGCUGUACACUAACCUGCGCACAGGUCUACAGAAAGAGCUGCAGCUGGUCACCGAGAAGAGCGUGGCUUCCACAGCAGGCCAAUCAAUGCCGCUUAGUUCUUACAAUAUGAACAAUACGCCAAUGGUUACCGGCUACAUGGACGCCGGUGAUCUGCUGGCGGUGUCGAAUAGCUGCAAUCCGUCAGUCGUUCAGGGCGUCCACAAUGUGCAACAUUCAGGCGGAAUCGCCUCUCCAGCCCUCGGAAUGGCGACACCCAAAGUGGAGUUGUACGAGGUGCAGCACCAGAUCAUGCAGUCCCUCAAUGAAUUCGGAAACUGCGCCAACGCUUUGAAGCUGUUGGUCCAGAACUACAGCUACAUGCUGAGCUCUACAGCCUCGCCAAACGCAGACGUGGCCUAUAGAAAUCUGAUCGAUGAGAAGGCGGCCAUCGUGAUCGCAAUGCGUCGCAGCUUUAUGUACUACGAGUCACUUUACGAGAUGGUCAUGCACGAGAUGAAUGAAUGGUGUCACCAACAAAGGCAAGCCGGAAACGGAGCGCCAUUCAAUGAAGGCUCCCUGGAAGACAUCCAGCGCUGCUUCGAGAUACUUGAGACUUUCAUCGCACACAUGAUGGCUGCCGUUAAGGAGACGAUGCGAGUGCGUCUGACCAACGAAGAACCGGAGCUAACACAAUUGCUCGAUCAGGUGCAAAACGCCCGAAAACACCUGGUCUGUUCCGCCUUCAUCGUUGAUAAGCAGCCGCCACAAGUGAUGAAGACCAACACACGCUUCGCGGCCUCUGUUCGCUGGCUCUUGGGAUCCCAGCUGGGCCUCCACAAUAAUCCGCCAACAGUCGAGUGCAUCAUCAUGUCAGAAAACCAAGCGCAGCGGUUCUCCGCGCGCAACCACCAGAUAGACAGCAGCGUGGCCGGACAAACCUCGGGAGAGAUACAGAACUGCUCCAGCACAAUGGAGUACCAACAGAAUAACCAUGUGUUCUCCGCCAGCUUCCGCAACAUGCAGCUGAAGAAGAUUAAGCGGGCAGAGAAGAAGGGCACAGAGAGCGUAAUGGACGAGAAGUUCAGCUUGCUCUUCUACACCACCACCACUGUGAGCGAUUUCCAAAUGCGGGUGUGGACUCUGUCACUUCCCGUGGUGGUGAUUGUUCACGGCAACCAGGAGCCACAGUCUUGGGCGACCAUUACAUGGGACAAUGCGUUCGCGGAGAGGGUACGCGAUCCUUUCAUAAUCACCGACCGUGUCACCUGGGCCCAGCUGUCCGUGGCGCUUAAUAUUAAAUUCGCAUCGUGCACUGGGCGCUCUUUGACUAUGGAUAACCUGGACUUUCUAUACGAAAAGCUUCAGCGUGAGGAGCGCUCCGAAUACAUUACUUGGAACCAGUUCUGCAAGGAACCCUUGCCCGAUCGGUCGUUCACCUUCUGGGAAUGGUUCUUUGCCAUCAUGAAACUCACCAAAGAUCACAUGUUGGGCAUGUGGAAGGCUGGCUGUAUCAUGGGCUUCAUCAACAAGGCCAAAGCACAGGAUGACCUGCUGCGCUCAGUCUGUGGAAUUGGUACCUUCCUGCUUCGCUUCUCCGACAGCGAGCUAGGUGGAGUCAGUAUCGCAUAUGUAAACGAAAAUGGGCACGUCACCAUGCUGGUGCCCUGGACAGCACGUGACUUCCAGGUGUUGAGCCUGGCCGAUCGUAUCCGAGAUCUCGAUGUUCUCUGUUGGCUGCAUCCCAGCGAUCGUAAUUCGUCUCCCGUAAAGAGGGACGCCGCGUUCGGCGAGUUCUAUUCAAAGCGUCAAGAACCUGAACCCAUCGAUAUAGAUCCCGUGACAGGAUAUGUGAAGAGCCAAUUGCACGUCCACGUUUGUAGCAACGGAGACAACGGAUCCACUAGUGGAACACCGCACCACGUGUCGCAGCAGGAUGCCAUGCAAUUGGGAAAUAUCUCGCCAGAGAGCGCCUUCAGUUACCAUAGCCCUAGCCCAACACGACAUGAGGAAUCAGAUUCCGAUGCUAGUCAAACGGCCGAUGCCCUAGAGAAAAUCGUUCAAUUUGCUUCACCCAACGAUCCAUUGAUAAGUGAGAUCAAUGAUGCCCUAAUGAUGAGCCCCUAUAGACAUGGGGACUUUGGAAUUGCGGACUUCGAUUCGAUGACAAACUUUGAGGAUUAUAACUAAACUUACUGUGAAAAAUGUAGAAGUCUAUGUAUAAACGAAAUUAGAUAAACACCUGAACGUGUACCGCUAACUUGGAAGUCCGACGAUGAUGUUUUCGCCACCUCAGCGAUUGCAACGAUAUGGCGCAUGACUCAAUAUGCUAUUCGAAAAUUUUAUUUAAUGUUAUCUAUAUGUAAUUAUUAGACUUGGGAAUGCAUCGUAGUGGAAGGUUUUGUUUGCUUUUGUGAAACGCCAAACCACAAGAACAACAUGAACCACAAUAAGAUCUACCAGAGCAAUGCAUGCAAAUUGCGACACCUCAACACAAACUCCUUCAGCACACAAACAGAACAUUUUUAUACCAUGAUUAUGAAUGUGUCUGACUUAUGCAGAAUUUAGCAUAUAUGUUUUUUAUAAAACUUUGAAAUGUGUCUGCAUGUUAUUCGUUUUAUAUUUUUAUAUAUACCUUUAUAUAUACUUAUAUAGAAAUAAUUUUAUUUUUGUACGAUGACGUGUUCGUCUGUGACAAAACAUUAUGUUUAAAUGAUAAUGACGAGAGAAUUGGUUUAGUUAGUGAGUAACUAUUUGUUGAAUCUAAAUUUUUGAUUUUGAUUUUAAUUUUAAUCACCUAAUUUUAAAAUUUUGAAAUACAAAAACAUUUCUUGCUAAGCCUAAGUUAAACGAAACGAUGAAAACAAAUCAACUAGUGCAGCAACGCCAAGAAUGUUUUCGUUAUUUUUAGUUUAGUUCUAAGUAACAUUGUGAAUUGCUUUAUGUGAACCCCUUUUUUUAUUGGCUUCCAAUGCUGAAAAUGCGCAAAAAUUUAAUUAAUCCAUGUAUAUUUUUUUAAAACUUUUUUGUUUGAGUCAGGGCAGAGUUUGCAAUGCAUUUCAAAUGCGACAAAUGCGAUUGCCUUUUUAGUCAGUUAUCAGAGACACGAGGAGCACUCGACGUUUGUAUGAGAGAUCAUAAACAUAAUCAUUUAUGUAAAGAACAACAAUAAUAACAUAACACUACACUACACUUAGCUUAUUAUGUGAACCUUAAGAAUUUUAUAAGGCUUAAGUACACCCCCCCAAAUAAAUAAACAAUUUAAUAAACAUUUCAAACAGUUAAAUGCGAA